AUGAAGCGCUCACGAGAGCCGGAAGAGCAUCUAGAAAUCGAUCCUCAAGCCGACGACUCUCAUCGUCCCGCACCUGCUGACGCUGACCUUGAACCCGUCUCGAAAAUCGCCGGCCUCGACUCACCUGCUGAAGACGACGACGACGGCGGCGGCGAAAUCACGAUGAGAUGCUCACUGCCCCCUCACAAGGAACCGCUGGGGUUCCGGUACUAUGGCGACUACGAGGCUCACUAUCACAAGUUUCAUACAAACAGAUGUAUUGAGUGUCGCAAGAACUUCCCCACAAAUCAUCUUCUCGAAAUCCAUAUCGAGGAAUGCCAUGAUCCCUUGGCAAAGGUCGCCAGGGAAAAAGGCGAGCACACGUAUUCUUGCUUUGUCGAAGGGUGCGAGCGCAAGUGCAUGACUCCUCAGAAGAGGCGGCUUCAUCUGAUUGACAAGCACAUGUACCCCAAGAACUUCUUUUUUGCCGUCACUAAAGAAGGCAUUGACGGCAAGCGCUCGCUCCUUAUCGAGAACGGCCAUCGACGCAGGCCUUCAGCUGGCUCCCAAGCGCAGGCCAAGGAGCUUCGCCGUCGUGCAAAUACGCUGGAAAAGGAGGCGUCCGACCCCGACAACAAGUCCCAGGCCCCUUUGCCCUCAAGUACAACACAGGCAGAUGAGAACAAAGCGAAGCCGGAGACAUCAGUCGACACUGACAUGGCGGAUCUGACAGGGGCCAUGUCAGCUCUACAAUUUGUCCCUCCCAGCAUCCGAUUUGGUCGAGGCCGGCCAGGGUUCUCGAAGAGAUGA